GGAGGUGCGGGGCUGCGGGUCCCUCAGGGAGCGGCGGAACCCUGGGGGGACCCCGGCAGCCUGGGGGGGCCCGGUCGGAGGAAGGCAACUGAAAGGCUGAACACAGCUGGGAUGCACAUCUGUUUGAUGAAGAGGGGGCCACUCUUUCACAGUCACCUUCCAACAUUAGCUGUAUUAAAAAGUAAGAAAAAACAUGAAAGGAGAAUCAACUGCAGAUGAUUUACAAGCUCAAGGUUUCCAUUUCCUCAAGAAAAGGAAGAAGAGAAAGCAAAGAGAAUACAACCAGGAAUGUGAAAAUGGUGAAAGGGGAAGGGCAGAAACCACAGAGCUGGGCCCAGCUUCUCCACUGCUGUUUGAAGCAGCACAGAGAGGUGAAAGACGUAAAAAGAAGAAAAAACACAAAAGCCAGAGGCAGGAGCAGCACUUCUUGUUAGAUAAUUCCUGUCUAGGAGGGGAAAACAAUAGCAGUGAGGUCACUGAAGGAGCUGCUUCCCAGAAGAAAAAGAAAAAAAAGAAAAAAAAGAAGCUGAAGCACAGCGAGAGCCCAGAGGAUGAGAGGGAGAGGAGUGGUGACCCAUGGAAGCAGCAAAGCUCUGACAGCUGCCCAGAGAGCACUGCUGCUCACCCAGAGCCAAAACAAACCAGUAAGAAGAAAAGAAAACAUAAGGUAUCAGGAGAGGAUGAGGAGGGUGAGCUGGCAGCCUCAGACACAGGGGAUAAAAAUGAGUGUAAAAGGCCAAAAAAGAAGGCAAAGAAGAAAAGAGGCAGCAGGACCCCAGCUGUGCAGGAGGAGCCCCUGACACCCCCAGAGCAGCACAGGCAGGAGGCAGACACCCCCUUGCCAUCACCUACCAGGGAGGGAGCUGUGUCCAUGCUGCAGCCACUGGAUGAAGAUGCUGCCAGUGACUCCUCUCCUGGCUGGAGGGAAGAUCCCAGGGAUUUGUCUGCACAUUUUUCCAAGGGCACUAAAGCAUCCCAAAGGAAAGCUCCAGGGUGUGCCAGAAAAAAAAAGAAAAGCAGGGUUUUUGUCAUAGAAGAAAGCUCUUCAGAGUCUGAGACAAUGACACCAGGCCCCUGGGCAUCAAGAAAGAAGGCAUCAAGAAAGAAGGACAGGAAUAAUUCCUUUACUGAAAUGGCAGCCUCUGAUGAGCUUAAUCUGGAUAAUGAAGAGACCCUGAACUCCACUGUGUCUUCAGCUGUGGAUUUGGACACUGCAAAACAAGAGUUGGAAGAGUUUAUUCCUCAUGUGAGGAAUAUAGCAGACAGUUCAAUCAGGAAGAUGGCUGGAAGAGACUUAACAAGGUUUAAACAAUUCAAAAGACAAGGUAUUGCUGUCAAGUUUGGCAGAUUUUCCCAGAAGGAAAACAAUCAAAUCCGGAAAAAUGUUGAGGAGUUCUUGGCAAUUACUGGGAUAGACAGUGCUGAAAAACUCCUCUUCACCUCGAGGUAUCCUGAAGAAAAAGGAACCAUCAGUCGCUUGAAAGCAGAGCAUCUGUUCUGUGAAAAAAUUUCUGAGGGGAUACCACGACCCUGGAGGCUGAUAUAUUAUAGAGCAAGGAAGAUGUUUGACCCAAAUAAUUAUAAAGGGAGGUACAGUAGGGAAGAAAAAGAAAAGUUAAAGAAGUAUCAUGCUCUGUAUGGCAAUGAUUGGAAGAAGAUUGCUGGGAUGAUGUCCCGUUCUAACCUCUCAGUUGCUAUGAAAUACUCUGAAAUCAAGUCAGCCAUUAAUUAUGGUCCUUGGUCAAAGGAGGAGAUUCAGAAGUUAAUGAAUGCAAUGGAGGAGGUGAUCAGGAAAAGACUGGAAGAUACAAAUCCCCUUACAUCAUCAGGAAAAUCCAGCAGAGAUCUCUUGAUUGACCGUGAGAAGCUGUUCCAGAAGUUUCCAUGGACUGAGAUUGAAGCUAAAGUGGGAACUCGAUACUGGAGGCAAUGUAAACAGAAAUGGAAUACAAUUUUGAGAAACAAGAUGACCAAAGGGCAGCAGUUAUACAGGGGGACAAAAGCACUACAAGCCAAGAUCAAUCUUAUUAAAAGAUUGUAUGAAAUGGGAGUGGAGGAUGCUAAUGAAGUAAACUGGGAAGAACUCAGUAACACUAUUGGAGAUGUCCCCAGGGAGUAUGUUCAAGCAAAAUUUUACAAGCUGAAAGUCACCUGUGUUCCUUUUUGGCAGAAAAAGACUUUUUCUGAAAUUAUUGAUUAUCUUUUUGAAAAGAAACUGCCAGAAUUUGAAGAAGACUUAAAAAAAAGGAAACAGAAAAAGCUUAGCUCUGACAGUUCAACAGCCAAGAAGCAGAAAAAAGCUUUCCAUCUCAGUGACAUUUUUGACUCCAGUGAGGAGAGUGAUUAAUUGACUGCCUUAAAAACAAUUUGUGGUCUUCAAAUUUAACUGCAAAAUGGACCUGGUUGAAAGUGAGCUCACAUCAACAACUGCAGGUACACAGGAUAAGAAUGGGAAAACUAAAGAUAUGCAUAUCUGAUUUUUAUGGUUUCAUAUUGAAGAAUGAGGUAAAUACAUUUUUUGUCCCACCUUUUGUUAUCUUAAUUUUGCAGUAGUUUUAAAAGUCUUUUCAAGCACCCAGGUUGCUUUCUGAAUGUCUCAAAACCAGUAUUUUCUCCACUGCUUUGCUCUGAAAGCUGCUUUUUACCCUUUGUGUUUGAACUUGAUUUUUAGAAGUUUUUAAAAAUGAUUUUUUUAUUUUAAAAGAACAAAUUCAUGGAACUGGAAAAACAUUUUCAAUUUACUCUGAAAUCUCUGUAAUAAAUCUAAAAACAUUUCAUGAUGGAAAGAGCACAACAUUGGGUUGGGGUUUGUUUAAUGAAUCUUCUUAAAAUCUGAUUGUAAUUUUUAUGUACAGUUUUACUUUUAUCCAACUUUUUGUCCCUCGUGAUUCAUAAAUUGUCAUUUUAUUCUAACCAGAACAGUGCAUUUAAAUGCUUUUAUUAUAUUUAGAUGAACUGGACAGUGUGAUUAUAGACAUAUAUACAUUUCUAUUGUGCCAUGGAGAAUUUCUACAUCUCCAUAAGAAAGUUGAGGGAUAAAGUGAAGCUUGUACUCAUGUGGUUGUAUGAUAUUUUUAACUAUCUGCCUACAGGGAUUAUUUGUAAAUUGACCAAGUGAAUGUAAAAAGAAAGGAUACUGUGCAUGUAAAGUAUUUGUAUGGCUUGUUUAUAUUUCCUAUAUGCUGUGAGAGAAAAGGAUGCAAGAAGACUUGGUCUCUGACAUACUGCUUUUUGAUGGACAUUUUGAUAAGUGAGCAUUUCCUUCUUUAUUUGUAAUAACUGUCAUUGAAAAUGCAAACUUUUCAGUGGCGUGAAAUAAAGGCCUUCUUUGGA